AUGUCUACAAAGUUUGAGAUGAGCGAUCUCGGCAAACUCAGUUACUACCUUGGAAUCGAAGUGUUACAGCAUGAGAAAGGCAUCAUGAUAAAACAGGAGAGAUAUGCGUUGAAAAUCUUAGAAGAGGCUAAGAUGCUCGACUGCAACGCUGCGUUAACACCGAUGGAUCCUGGAGCAAACUUAUCCAAAUCACAAGAAGAGAAGGGCAUUAAUGAGACAGAAUAUAGGAGAAAUAUCGGAUGCCUCCGUUACCUUCUACAUUCUCGGCCAGACCUUUCUUAUAGCGUUGGUAUCUUAAGCAGGUACCUAAAGGGAACACUGGCUCAUGGUCUUGCGUUUAAAAGAGGAAUGAAGUCAGGUCUGGUGGGCUACAGCGACAGCAGCCACAACGUAGACUUAGACGACGGGAGAAGCACAGCAGGACAUAUAUUUUACCUCAAUGAAUGUCCAAUAACUUGGAGCUCACAUAAGCAAGAAACCGUUGCUCUUUCUUCUUGCGAGGCAGAAUUUAUGGCAGCUACCGAGGCUGCUAAACAGGCGAUUUGGUUACAAGAUUUGCUUGAAGAAGUUGCAGUAACAAAGAGUGAAAAGGUGACCAUACGGAUAGACAACAAAUCUGCAAUAGCCCUUACAAAAAAUCCAGUCUUCCAUGGAAGGAGUAAGCACAUCCAUCGAAGAUAUCACUUUAUACGGGAAUGCAUAGAGAAUGAGCAAGUCGAGGUGGAACAUGUUCCUGGAACGGAACAGAAAGCAGAUGUUCUAACUAAAGCACUUGGAAGAAUCAAAUUCAAGGAAAUGAGAGAUCUCUUAGGAGUUCAAGACUUAAAAAGGAGUAAGAAGAAGAAGAAGAGAAACACGGUAUAUCUUCCGGGGGAUUUGCUAGUGGAGAUACUCUCUAGGGUUCCGACGACUUCUUUGGCAAGAUUACGAUUAAUAUCUAAAGGAUGGAACGCUCUUAUCAAAGAUGGAAAAUUUGUUAAGAAGUCUCUUGUUAUCAUGUUGGUUGAAUUUAGGGUUUAUUUAGUGAGCGUUGAUCUCCAUGGAAUCCACAACAACGUUGCUCCAUCUGUAAAGGUUACAAGUCAAUUUAGUUUAAAAGAUCCACUUUCUAAUUCGUCAGAAGAAGUGGAUGUAUGCAGAAUCUUUCACUGCGGCGGCUUAUUGCUAUGUAGCACAGAGGACAAAAGACUGGUGGUUUGGAAUCCAUGUUCAGGUGAAACCAAGUGGAUAAAACCUAGAAAACAGUACAAGAAAUUCGAUUUCUAUGCUCUAGGUAAAUCCUCUUGCAACAAGUACAAAAUCUUGAGGGUGGAUCAGUUUGGUUAUCUGAACCCAUGCUUUCUUGAAUACGAAGUCUAUGACUUUACCUCUAGUUCGUGGAGGCGUGUUGGUGAGACUAGAGACUGGUUCAUACCACGGUUUAGGGGUCUUGGCGUGACAGUGAAUGGAAAUACUUACUGGCUUGCUUAUACUCAACACAGGCCAAUAGAAGAUUUCUUACUUUGUUUUGAUUUUUCAGAAGAGAGGUUUGGGAAUGUGUCUUUGCCGGGUGAUCAUCUUUCUUAUUAUGUAUUUGCUUUAUCAGUGAGUAGAGAAGAUCUACAACUUUGUCUGUUGGCUACUCGGAGCAGGCAUGUAUUCGAUAUCGAUGUAUGGAAGGCCACUAAUAUUCAGAGUACCCGAGCCGCUUCAUGGAGUAAGUUCCCCUUGCGUUUUUGCUUUUGUAAUGGGAUGAAUUUCUUGGUUGACCAGGAAAACAAAGUUAUAGUGUGUCGCGGUUUACAUGGGGUCUCUAAAGACUUUUUGAACAUUAUGGGAGAGGAUAAAUGCAUCAAAGUGGAUCAACACAAUGUAGGAUCUAAAUGCUCACUUCUUGUUAGUUAUAUUCCAACUUUGGUUCAAUUCCAACAAGGUUCAAAUCCAAUUAAGUGGAAUGUUUUUGGCAAAUGA